UCGUGCGUGCGUUGGCCGUCCAGAGAGUAACCGUUACAGGGCUCCGCACUUCAGCUGUCCUUGAUGCUUUUCUUCUGAUGUUACUUUUUUUUGUUUUUUUAAAUCUUCCUUAAAGGCGGUGUGUUGUGCUUUCUGGCUAAGUUGUGCCAGGCAAAGCAUUUGUUCUCAACAUGUCAACUGUCAAGGAGAAGCUUAUUGAGAAUCUAAUUGGGGAAGAGAAGAUCUCCCAGAGUAAGAUCACCAUUGUCGGAACUGGUGCUGUAGGCAUGGCCUGUGCUAUUUGUAUCUUAUUGAAGGAUUUGGCCGAUGAACUUGCCCUUGUUGAUGUUGCAGUGGACAAAUUGAAGGGAGAAACAAUGGAUCUUCAGCAUGGCAGUCUUUUCUUUAAUACUCCAAAGAUUACCUCUGGAAAAGAUUACAGUGUAUCUGCAAACUCCAAAUUAGUUAUUGUCACAGCAGGUGCGCGGCAGCAGGAGGGAGAAAGUCGCCUUGCCCUGGUCCAACGUAAUGUGAACAUUAUGAAAUCGAUCAUUCCUACCAUAGUCCAUCAUAGUCCUGACUGUAAGAUGCUUAUUGUUUCAAAUCCAGUGGAUAUUUUGACGUAUGUGGUCUGGAAGCUAAGUGGCUUACCUGCAACUCGUGUAAUUGGAAGUGGUUGUAAUCUAGACUCUGCCCGUUUCCGUUACCUAAUUGGGGAGAAGUUGGGUGUUCAUCCCACAAGCUGCCAUGGUUGGAUUAUUGGAGAACAUGGUGAUUCUAGUGUGCCCUUAUGGAGUGGGGUGAAUGUUGCUGGUGUUGCCCUGAAGAGUCUAGACCCUAAAUUAGGAACUGAUUCAGACAAGGACCAAUGGAAAAAUAUCCAUAAACAAGUUAUUGAAAGUGGCUAUCAGAUUAUCAAGCUGAAAGGGUAUACCUCUUGGGCUAUUGGACUAUCUGUGACAGAUCUGGUAGGAUCAAUUUUGAAAAAUCUGAGGAGAGUGCAUCCAGUUUCUACUAUGGUUAAGGGCUUAUAUGGAUUAAAAGAAGAAAUCUUUCUCAGUAUCCCUUGUGUCUUGGGACAAAAUGGUAUCUCAGAUAUUGUGAAAGUUAACUUGAAUUCUGAGGAGGAGGCCCUUUUUAAGAAGAGUGCAGACAUACUUUGGAAUAUCCAAAAAGAGCUGGUAUUUUAAAGCCUCUUAAUGUUCCACUGUUUUAUAGAAGAAGAUAUCAGACUGUAUGUUUUAUAUUUUGAAAGUAUUGUCAUUUGAUUUGUAAAAAAUUUAAAAAAAAACAUUGGAAACCCGUGACAUAACUUCAGUCCCUCAAGGCUAGAAAAAGGAAAUGGUAAAAAUAUUUCCCCUCUUUAUGAAUCUCUUACAACUCUGUUCUAAUGAUACCCAACCUAUACAUAUGCAAGUAAUACUUCUGAAGUAUCCUAUAUAUGAGUUGACUUCAAGUUUGGUAGAGUAUGUAUAAUAAUCCUUUAUAAUACAAAACUUAUGAUUCUUCCCAUAAAACAACCAGCACCUUUUCUAGCAUUGAAAUUUCAUUCUUCCAUUAGGGCACAGGCAUAUUCAGUUUAUAUUGCUUCAUUAGCUUUGUGUGUCUAUGUGUGAUCUGCACCAGGUACGUUAAGUCCAUGUAUAACAGGAAGAAACAGAAAUAAAACUUCAGUGGCAUAAUCAAAAUUAAA